AUGUCCGAUGAUAAAUAUGCUGCAGCUUUGGAGCUUCUUCGCUGUCUAGACCCUGAUAACCUGUCAAAUAACCUAAACUCAAUCAUUGAGCUGGAACCAGACUUGGCUGUUGAUUUGCUUUCAUCCGUAGACAUUCCACUGUCCACUAAGACUGAUCCCAAGUUCCAAAAUAGAGAAUUCUUAUGUUGCGAUUACAAUAGGGAUAUAGAUUCACAUAGAUCACCAUGGUCAAACGAAUAUUUUCCUGAAUUGUCCCCAGAGGAGUUAAGUGAAAGUCCAUUUCCAAGCCCUACUAUUAGGAAGUUAGAACUCCUGGCAAACGACUCAAUGGAUAUUUAUCGCGAUUUAUACUACGAGGCUGGUGUCUCUUCAGUAUAUAUGUGGGAUCUGGAUGAAGGUUCAUCUGAUUUUGCUGGUGUAGUGCUUUUUAAGAAGGGUGAACACAGCAAAAACCACUGGGACAGCAUCCACGUGUUUGAAGCGCUCGAGGAAACGAGUUAUGAUUUCAAAUAUCGUAUUACUACUACUAUAAUCCUGAACCUUAAGAGCGAGGACGGCUUAACAUUGUCUGGUAAGUUGACCAGGCAGGUAGAAAAAACUGCUAGCGUACGUCCAGAAAAGCAAGAAAUCCUCCAUAUUGAUCACAUCACUAAUUUGGGCACAGCAAUUGAAGAUAUAGAAUCUCAAAUGCGCAACUUAUUGGAAAUUGUCUAUUUUGAUAAAAGCAGAGAUAUAUACCAUUUAUUGAGAGAUAACACUUCUGAAAGUCAAAAAAUUAAUAAGGAGAAACACGAGGAUUUAAUAAAGGGCCUACAAGGUCUAUGA